UCCGGCCGGGACGGGACGAAGCCCAAGCCGGAGCUGGGGAGGGCGCCCGUUCCGACUCCACGUCCGGUGGUGCCGAUAGCGGCGAGCGCACAUCCGGCCAAAUGUCUCGUGCCGACUGGCCUGACUGUCGACCGGGCGAGCGACUGGGCGACCGACCGUUCGUGUGCCGCCGUUGUGCUCGCUGUUGUGCGGUGUUCAUUGGUUUGUGUUUGUGGUGUUUAUUGGUUUAUUGGUUUGUGUUACUUUGGUGUGGAGCGAUAGAGCCAGGUAGCAGAAAGCAAAGCAGAGCUGGGCAGACAGCUGGCCAGAUAGCAGAGAAUCCAGCAGUGAACCGAGUGACAGCAGGGCUACAGCACGGAGUAACAGCGAAGUGACGGCGCAGUGACGAGGAAGGAGCUCCAAGGGAAAGCUGGAACCAGCUGGUCAGCACCAUGCAGAAGGAGGAUAUAAAGUCGGGGUUUCUGCAGGUGCCGCCCUCGACCUGGCUGCAGCUCCUGCUAAAUAAGCCGUGGGUGAAGAAGCAGUGUGUGCUGUACCCCGCCAGCCACCAGGGUGUGAAGAGACUCGAGGUGUUCGAUUUGGCACCCUCCCUGCGCAGGAGAGAACCAGCCGGUCUCAUCAUUCCCCUCGGAGACUGCGUCAAAAUCGCCGAGGAGCACUUCAAGGGGAAGGACUUUGUCUUUUCGGUGGUGACUCGCGAGGGAUCUCACACGUUCUCCGCUGGAAGUAUACAGGAGCUGCAUGAUUGGGUGGAUGCUCUGCAGAGGAUAGCCUUCGGGAAGGCAGGGAGCGACUGUCCCAACUCGAAACUCCUCUCGGCUUCGAGAAGCCUCCCUGGUGAACAGUGUGACGAUAACGUCCUGUAUGGCUCCGUGGAAAAUCGCUCGACAUUUCCGGUGACCGUGGAGGAGAACGAGAUGACGCUGCGUCUGCGGCUGUCGGGACCUCACGUGGUGCAGGUGGCCGCCGCCUCUGUCCAGCUGCGCACAGUGGGCGGGCAGCUGCGCGCCUCCUGGCUCUUCAGCCACAUCCGCCGGUACGGCCAGACCCGCGACUCCUUCGUCAUGGAGGUGGGCCGCAGCAGUGAGACCGGGCCGGGGUCGUUCAUCUUCCGCACGCGCGCCGCUGGAGCGCUCCAGCACGAGCUACAGCGAGUGAUGGCUGAGUAUGAGCACAACAGGCACAGUGCGGCGCCCGACCUGCCGACCUCUCCUCCGCCGCCGCAGCCGCCGCCGGCCGCGCCGUUCGAGUCCCACACUCUGGACCGACUUAGCUCCGGCCGCAAGGGAAAAAAGACCCCAAUCGCUAAACCACCUCGGAAGACCAAGGCGACGGCGACGGCAGAAGACGUGCUUCCCAACGUCGUUCCGCUGGCCGAAAAGCAGUGGCUGCUGACACAGAGUCUGAAGAUGACGUCACCUGAGCAGGAAGCGGCGCAAAGCAACGAGCUGCUGCUGGGCUCUCUGUCAGUUCCGUUCAUGAACGAGCCAGAGGAGGAGAUGUACUCCGAGCCGGGCGAGCGGCGCUCGGCGUGGCGCGAGCUUGGCCGAGACGUCGAGCACGUCGAGCACAGCGCGCCGGCGGACCGGUGGGACGUCGCUGUCGACGGCGACGGACUCGCCGAGCCGCUCCGACCGACACCGGUCACGGCCGGGGAGCGUAGCUCAGCUUCGUACGCCAGUCUGCAGCACAUGCCGUGCUCGACCGAGGCGCCGGGGGCGCAGUACGCUCGCCUCGGGGAGCCGCUCGGGGCGUCGACCGGGGCGCCGUUGGGGGCGCCGGGGCCCGGGGCGUCGGUCAAGGCGUCGAGCGCCGAGAAUCGGACCGCGGCGUGGGCGGCCGAGCAGAGCUUACGCAAGGAGGCUGCCGUGGUGGCUGCCGCUGCUGCUGCAGCCGCUGCCCCUCCCUCCGAAAAGACAACAUCGAAUGAUGCGCCCAUCUAUGCGAAUGUGGUGCCAGCUCCAGCGUGGCCAAGGUCCUCUCCGGGAUCAGAGAUCGGCUCCGGAUCACAGAAGGGAGCCACGUCACACGUCAUCGUCAAUGACGAAAUGUACACGCUCCUAGACAAGCCGCGCAAAAACGGGUCAUGAGAAAAAGUAGUAUGACCGACGGCCUUAUAAAUGCUUGCUGACAGAGUGCGACGGAAGUUUGUUUUGAUAAACUGUUGCACCGUCGGAAGACAGUUCUCACAGACGAGUGUGACCAAUUGUGCUCUAGCAGAAAGUUGGUACGAUGCUGAUAUUGUUAUAUUAUGAUAGCCGGAGUUAUCUGUUUUGGGGAUACACUUGCGGCAUAUUUGCUAACGCAAUGGACGGACAUGUAAAAAUGAGCUUACGUGUUACGCUUAUGAACUCGUGCAUAGAUAUAUCCGUUCUUGUGCUUAAGCGAGCUUAAAGCCGAUGAAUUUAUAGUUGACUGAUGUCUUAACUGAUUCAUGUCACUAAUCCCAAAUCAACACUAUCUUAACUAAAGCCCCGACCGACUAACUAUUUACCAACACCACCUAAAUAUUUAUAAAGUUAUGCAUUCAACUGCACUUCGGUCUUUAUUUGAGUUCGUAUGAGACAUCACUGAGUCACAGUCGUGGGUUAACUCCCAUCUAACGCCUCAAGGAACCCAGUUUCAUUAAGAAGUUCCACGAAACAUCUAUGGCCUUAGUUCUUCGAAGAUCUGUACCCAUCAUGCGACUAUUAGGGUCACAACAUUCAUUGGUCAUUGGAGAGAUGAUGUGGCACUUAGUUCGUGCGAAAACUACACAUAAAUACACAUUAGCCUUAAAUUGAUGAGCAAAUCAUUACUGUGCAUCUCAAAGCGUGCUUGGCUAUUGGCUAUCCAUGUCAAUAAUUGACCAUCGAGUGGCGUGCAUUCAAUUGCAAGAUUUCACGAUACGAACGGCAAACAUUACCGUGCAAACCUGUGCACUGUGCGGUGCAUGCACUGUCUGCAUCUCACGUUUUCGAUACAUGUCAGCUGCCUGCGCUGCUGUUAAGUGGCGUCUUGAGUGGACGUUGACCCUAGCAGGACACCUGACACUUAGAUGAUUAAGUGUUACCGAUAGAUGGUCGUGUCAAUAACAGUGCUCUUCGUUAAUAUUGUUAAGCCGUAAUGAUUUGACAAGUUCGUGUGUGGCCACUUUAAUCGCCAACGAGGGAGCCCCGCAGUCUAUCUGUCUGUCGGUCGAAUGGACAGACACUGGUGCGUCGCCAAUAAACGUUCGUUUCUGUAUGA